CAUAUCGGAAAAAGUGUCAGCAGCAGGAAAGAAGAGUGUAAGAAAAAGUGGAUUUAAUCAGUUUUUCGCCGAUAAAAGUCGCAGUAAUUAUUCGCAAAUUGGCUGAAAAAUAAAACGCGUUAUUUUUGAUUUUGCAUUUGGCCGGAAAAAACGGUGCAUCCGACCAAUAAUUGAUAAUGUUUUGUCUACUAGCGGUGCGAUGUGAAAAUUUAAGUAACUAUUGAAAUCGGAACAAACUCCGUUCAAGUAGGCGACGAGGACGCAGAGAAAGGCAAACGGUGAAAAGUGGCAAAUAAAUCGAUUCCCGCUUGCAGACAAGUUGAGAACGGAAUAAUAUUGGUUGGAAUUUGCUGGAAGAAUAUUGACGGUGCCGUAUAUUUUGAUCGACGUGUUUACUUUUUUAAUGUUAGGAAAAGCAGUGUCCUGGUUGAAUUUGGUACCGCAGUAGUAAAACGGUACUAUCGAUUGCGAAAUCGGUGUGCUAAGUGAGUCAGAGGAUAUUUUGUAAUGUCCACAUCUGGAAGUUCAUCACCAGGCAGCAAUAGCAAUAACAUUACCAGCAGUAGUGGGAUCAACAGUUUGGAGAUAAGCACUGAGCGACGGUCUAAUAAUAGCACUUCCGGUUCUGGAAGGACUCCCCGCAAAUUAGCUGCCGGUGGUGUAGCGGGGAGUAACGGGACGACUUCCAGCAGCGGCAGUUCGUGCGUCUGGUGCGGGGAAAAUAAAGCCCCGUUGAAAUACGUUCUUCCCACGCAAAACGGAAAGAAGGAAUUUUGCUCGGAAACCUGCAUCCUUGAGUUUCGCAAAGCGUACAGUAAGGGUGCCUGCAUUCAGUGCGAUAAUGUGAUACGAGCCAACGCUCCGAAGCCCAACUACUGUUCUACGUUCUGCAUGAAGAAGCAUCAGAAGAAAUCGCUCUCGAGCGGAACAUCCGCAGCGGCACAGUCGCUUCCGGAUGGGACACUUCCGUCGACCACAACCUCCGGAGCGACGUCCGGGGGUCCGAAAAUAAAUGGAAAUAAUAACAACAAUAAUAACAGUAAUAGCAACAACAACACUACGAAUGGACGCAGGAGCAAUGGAAGUAACUCUCCCGGCCGAGAACAGGCCACUAGCAGAAUAAGUCCGGUCACAACAACAACAUCGACCGGUCCUUUUCAGUACGAGAGCUUUCAUGUGUUUGAUUGGACUGAGUAUCUGAAGGAAUCGGGAAGCGUGCCAGCGCCGGCCGAAUGCUUCAAGCAGGCUGUUGCACCGCCGAAAAAUGAGUUUAAAAUUGGUAUGAAGUUAGAAGCGUUGGACCCACGAAACGUCACCUCUACGUGCAUAGCGAGCGUGGUAGGUGUGCUGGGUUCUCGGCUUCGUCUCCGUCUCGAUGGUAGUGACAACAAGAAUGAUUUCUGGCGACUAGUGGAUUCGACGGAAAUUCAUCCCAUCGGGCACUGCGAGAAAACGGGAGAAAUGCUACAGCCACCGCUCGGCUUUCGAAUGAACGCCAGCAGUUGGCCGACGUUUCUGCUGAAAACACUGAAUGGAGCGCAGAUGGCACCGGAACAUAUCUUUAUGCCGGAACCACCCACGCCAAAGUGCAAUUUGUUCCAGGUUGGCCAGAAACUGGAAGCAGUUGACAAGAAAAAUCCGCAAUUAAUUUGCUGUGCAACAGUCGACGCAGUGAAAGAGGAUCAAAUCCACGUAACAUUUGAUGGCUGGCGAGGUGCAUUUGAUUAUUGGUGCCGUUACGAUUCCCGGGACAUCUUUCCUGUAGGAUGGUGUGCGAAGAGUUGUCAUCCGAUGCAACCACCCGGUCAGAAGAACAAAAUGGAUGGAAGCAACGCCCGUUCGAAAGGCGCUCGAUCUUCAUUUGCCAUGCUUUCGGAGCCGGACUCGAUGACGCCUACGACUCCGGUUACAGCCCAUUUUCACAGUCGAUGUAAGGGAGGACCGUUUAUUAACAGUUCCAAGUUACCCUCGAUGGUGACCGCCCCAAAUCAUCAAACAUUGGCAAAACUUUGUUUACAAGAAGUGCUGGCUGCUUCCAAGGACCAUUCACAGCUAUCACCGUUAUUGUUUGGUCUCGAUGGCGAUGUUCACAUUGUAACAGCAGCAGGCAAAAAUUUCACAGUUAAAAUUCCCGCCUAUAUCAGACAGAAAGGAAACAACGGUUUGUCGGAAUUUCUGGAAGUUUUGUGUACCGCAUGCAGAGCGUGCAGCCAUUUGAUCACGCUGGAGCCCGGGCCGGAACAAUGUGACGCUUGUAUGGUGCAAUCUCCGCCGCUAAAGCGACCAAUUAAAGCCGAACCGAAUGUGGUUCGAUCCGCUAGCCCGCCACCAAUAGCUGCUGCAUCCCCGAAGGCUGCUGCAAUCACUCGAGAAACGCCACAGCAUGAAAGCCCGCGAAGUCCCUCACCGAAACGCAAGGCGGUAGAACGGGAGACGGCAACAUCUACGACUAACAACGAGCCGAGUUCGUCUUCUCCAGCGCCGCCGUCCGCAGUGGCAGUUAGUUUGGCUACAGUUCAUCCAACGCCGUCAUCAACCGUGGUAGUUCCAUCUCCCGCACCAAGUAUGCCUAAUGCUUCCAGCACGACCGUCAAGACGGAAUCGCAAAGUGCGGUGGCCGCGGCUGUCAGUGCUGCAGCGGCUGCUAUUGCUUCUUCUUCUUCUUCGUCGUCGUCGUCAUCUUCUUCAUCCAGCAUGUCUGCUUCGGCUGCUUCACCUGCGCAAGCACCGGCUACUAUUAUACAUUCAACACCUACGGCGAAUGUGGCACCCGCGCCUACAGCUAAUACGAUGAUUCCGGCCAUGCCAGUGCAACAUAACGCACCACCGACGGCACCGGUUCAGCCAUGCUCCGCCUCGUCGAUGCUAGUAACGGGCUCCCAUCAAACAGUCACAGAUAAUGCGGCAAGUACACCCAAUAAUGUAUUGCCUAUGACGGUUGCCCUGACACCGCCUACGGUCACGCGACCCCAAAUGCCCCGUGGUCAACCAAGUGAUUGGACUAUUGAGGAUGUGAUACAGUUCAUUGCCGUGCAGGACCCGGCUUUAGCUGUGCACGCUGAGCUUUUUCGAGAUCAUGAAAUCGAUGGUAAAGCGCUACUUCUGCUCAACAGCGAUAUGUUGAUGAAGUACAUGGGCCUCAAACUAGGACCUACGGUGAAGAUCUGCAACUUGGUCAAACGGGUGCAAGGCCGUCGGCAUAAUCUAUAGUCAUCGUAAGAAUCCGUUGUUUUUGUUUGCAUCCUUUUAGGCUAGGAUCGUUUUUUUAUUUCAAUAUUUUCCCUUUCCUAUCCUAUCCUUGGGAAUUGUUUUACUUUGAUGAUUACGCGAAUCAAAUUCUCAGAAUGGAUCCCAGUACCGAAUCCAACAAAAAAAAAAUACAAUUAUUUAUGUUCUGAGAAUCGUAACGAUGAAGGGUUACUUCAUCAGUGACCAUUUUGGGGUUGAACAGUUGAACUAGUGAUAGGAAUGCGAUAGUGUGUAGAUAUGUUUGCCUCACGGAGGCAAAUUCAACAUGAAAACAUGAUAAAUGCGCUUUUUUCGUAAGAAUAUCGAGUAAAACAAGCAUAUAUGCAAAACUUUUUUAGCUAAGUUCUCUUUACAAAGAAUUAUUUACAUUCAGAAGUGUAGUGCUUUUGUACUAGCAACAGUUCUUUUGCCAGUAAUUUCAUCCGUAAUUAUGUUAAACUAUAAAACUACUGUUUUUCAUGCAAAACAGACAAAAAAUCACAACAAAGUCAGAAGCUAUCAGUUGGACCCAGCUUGUUGCGAAAAGUAAUUUAAACAUUAACAGUGCAAACAAAAGAUCUAACUUAUACUUUAAAAACACAACGAUGCACGCUCAUUAUAGCAAAAUAUUCAACUACAGUACUAACCAAACGACAGAAAGUAGCAUAUAUGCAUAUCUACAAUGUAACAUUUUCCGUAUAUUACAACAAGGCGAUGUUAAUAUUAUUUCGUUACUAGAUCGAUGGCUAAUAUUAACAUCGAAUUGAACGAUAACAACAGUUGUUGAAAUAGAUGUUUAUAAAAUAGAAAUUUCUGUUAAAAUUCCUGUGACCAAUUUCGCCUACAUAAUUUAACACAAAGUUAUAACGCAAUUUCUCUCUUCAUGCAAUACCACACCAGUUAUCUUUGAACAUAUUUUUGCUCAUCGUAACGAUAUAGGAAAUACGGUUACUUGUAAAUGCACGGCCCAUUCACCGUUUCGCGGUAAGCUCUUUUAAUCAUGUUUGAUUACAAAACUGGCUCAAAUUGUACUAAUAUUUUCCAAACGCUGGGCACAAAAAUUCCGCUUGUUUCACCUAUAUCUAAAUUUAGUGAUAUAAUUUGACUAUAGUCUUACUGAGUCUGCUUCACGUUUGAUGCGAAUGAAAAUGAAUCACGACUAAUUAAAAUCACUAGAUGUACAGUCACUGUAUCAAAGUAUAAAUAUAAGCUGAAAGUAAUGAUAAAUAUUAUUUUACUCUUAGGAAAAAUGCAAAUCAAAACAGAUUACACACAAUAAAUUGAGUCAUGAAAAAGUAUCACUAACCAGAAAGCUCUGCAGCACCUUUUAGACGAGGGCCCCCUGUCACACGCUUUUGGCGGUGUUUUCCAAUUAAAAUGAUCCGAACUAAAACGGCAGCCUGAUGUCCACCGUAAGUGUACGAAAAUUUGUAUAAAUUAUCUAAUAAA